AUGGCCGCUCUCAAGACCACCCUCGUGCUGCUCCUCAUUGCCUUCGCGAUGUUGGCCUCCGUCGGCGCCGUCCGUGUGGGCCCCUGCGACCAGGUCUGCUCCCGCAUCGACGCUGAGAAGGACGAGUGCUGCAGAGCUCACGGGUACAGCGGGUACAACAGCUGCCGAGGCGUAAGUUACACGGCUGGCGUAGUAGCUGGCCGACCACCUGCUAAGCAACUUUUGAUUCCUGUUACUGUUGUUGCUCUGGGCAUGAUUGUGUUGAAUAUAUCAUUUUUGUGGGAGAACCAUGCUUCGGCACGAACGGGUCGGUUCGACCUGAGUGUAUCUGUGCCCCGCGGUUUCACCCGCGUUUUUGUCGUUUCCGUGGAAAUACCGAGAUAA